GCCCUUUUGAGCCUGUCGCCCCUAACCUUGCGCUCAAGCCCCAGCAGCGGCUUCUGCAACCGCAAUGGCCCCCAAGAAGAAAGCGGGGCGCAAGAAAGAGGAGGCCCCCAAGGAGCCAGAGGUGGACAGUGACAUUGUGCCUGAGCACAGCCGGGAGUUUUACUUGAUUCAGAUCCGGGAUCUGGAAGGGCGACUGGCGCGAUACCAGAAGAAAUGGGACGAGCUGCAGGUGAGUGAGGAGCUCUUCCGGGCGGAAUAUGAGAAGAUGGUUGGAGACAACAAGGAGAUUGUGGCCUUUCUGAAGAAGACGCUCAACCAGCGGGUGGAUGAGAUCGCGGAUCUGACUGAGCAGCUCCAGAACUUGCAGCAGGCCAAAGACACGGAGAAGGACGCUUUCGAGGCCCAGCUAGGCCAGCUUAGGCACGAGUUCCAGGAGACGAAGGACCAGCUGACGUCAGAGAAUAUGGUCCUAAGUGGCAAGCUGGCUGCACUGGAGGAAUUCAGGAUCCAGAAAGAUGAAAUCAUGUACAAGUUUUCCGAACUCGAGGGGCAACUGAUGAAGCAAGAGGAAGAUCAUAAGGAAUUCAUCUACAACCUGGAGAAGAAGGCUGUGAUUGAUAAAGAGAGAUUAAAAAAGGAGAUGAUGCAUCGGGUGAAUAUGGUGGCUGCUGAAUUCCGUAAGGUCGCCCACAGCCAGAUGGCAGAGACCACCAAGCGCACCAUCCGAGAGAACGUUGCCAUCAGCUUCCAGCUGACCAAGAUAACCGAACAGAGCUUCCAACUCGUCCAAGAGAAUGACCGGCUCAAGGAGGUCCACUCGCAGACUCUGAAGCAGCUGCAGCUGUUGGAGGAAAACGAGAAGAAGAUGGCCAAGAACAGCCUCAGCAACCAGAAGAUGAUCUGGAUGCUCACCAGCAAGUGCAAGGAGCUGCAGGUGCAGGUGGACGAGUACACGGAGAUGAAGAAGGUCAUGGCUCAAAUACAGGACACCAACGAGAUGCUGGAACAGCAGAAUCUGCUGCUCAAAGAGGAGCUGGAUGUGCAGAAUGAGGAGUUGCAACGGAAAGUCACUGAGGAUCAACACCGAGCGAAGACCCGCGAAGAGGAACAUCAGCGGCGGCUGAAUGCCGAAAGAAUCCUCAGGCACACUGCCCAGGCCCUCAAGGAAGUGUUGCUGGAACGCCCCUUGGAUGAGGAUGAAGAUGGCCACUUCGAUGUGAUGUUCCACUUGCGGCGCAAUGACGCACUGCAGGGCACCUUGAAUCUCCUGAAUAGAAGCAUUGCGCGCAUUGAGGCCAAUCAGAUUCUCCAGGCUGUCACUGUGGACACCAAGGUGGGAAAACCCACCAACAUGGAGGGCAGCCUCUCCACUGACGUCCACCUCAUGGCUUCUCGCUUCAUGUCGCACAUUGAUGUCAAGAUGCUGGGGCCCCAUCCCGUCCACAGCAUGCCCUCUCUCAGCAAGAUCUCUCGGACCCGGGUCGACACCCUGCGCCCCUAUGCCAGCGCCACAGAGCCUCUAAUAGCGGCCUGGAAAACAGAGGUGAAAGAGGAAGAGGUCAAGCCAGAAGAGGAAGAAGUCCCUCCUGAGGAACGGAGCCUGCCGGCAGCAGCGGCUCAGCUUGACGCAUAGCAACUGACUGGGAAUUAGGGAAAGGAGACAGAGCCAACCUUUAUGAUGGUGAUCAUUUUGUCUUGACUCAAGAGAUAAUGAGCAUUCAGGGUAGGAUCCGGAGAACUUUGUUUUCUUUUUUAAAAAUGGAUCUGCCUGCACAAAACUGCCUGAUAAAACCGUUACGGAGCCACAGAGCGUGUUUUGAGCCAGCAAUGGGAAGCAAGUAAAGCAGGAGGUGCAGCUGCCCUCUGGUAUGAAUGGCAAACCAAAUUCCUAGGCUGGCUGCAUUCCCUUGGGGAUGGCCGCCCUACUGCCCUUGUACAGCAACAGGACUUUGGGGAGGUGGAAUGCAGCUAGGAUGGGACACACCCAACCCUUCCGGUACCUGAGGUACCCCUUUGUUUUGUGUCUUUUAUGAAUUAAAAUGGGAGGCACACUUCAACCCUUAUAGCAUAAAAGGUUUACAUUUUUAGAAGUGCGGGGAAACAGUUUUAUUUAUUUAAAGCAAAACAAGCAUGCUCUUCAGCCAUAAUGCAGCUUACAGCUCAAUUAUAAACAAACAAGCAAUUACCCACCUCAGAGGUAUCAUUCCCCCCCACACACACACACACCUCGUGCUGUGGCUUUUGCACACCUUCCCAGUUUGGGCACGAAUGGGCAGUCUUUUCUGUGGCUGAGCACGUUUGAAGUUCCCCAAAAGCUUUUUAAUGGAGUUCACUAAGAUGCCAUUUUUUCUCAUGCCAGAGUUUGGGAAUUGCAAGGCUGGGAGAUCUGAGACAUGUAAGCACAGCUGCACCGUGCCUUGAGAAAAAGAGGAGAAAGGGGGUCUCUUCUCCUUCCCUCCUUCCCUCAGUGCGCGGUGGUUUGUAUCCAAUGCGAAUCCUAUUCAGAGGGGACCCACUGAAAUUGAUGGACAUUUCCACCCAAGGUGUAUUAAUUUCAAGGGGCUUACUGUUGAGCAGAAUUUAGUUGGCUAUAAUCCAAUAGGGUUGCCUACUCUUGAACUGGCCCCUGUAUAUAUGUCUGUAAGAGCAGCUUGAUCUGCGCUAAUGGUUCCUCCUUCUCCCAAUCAUAUCCCAACUUUCAUCCAAAGAACUGAGGGCUGAACACACGGACAGAGUUACCCCGCCAUCUUAUCCUCAUAGGAACCCUGUGAGGUGUGUAAGAUGGCACCCACUGACCAGCCAGCAUGGCCAGGGGUCAGGGAGGAUGGGAGAGGUCAGGUCCAACAACAUCUGGCACUAGGGAGCCAGGUUUGGGUCCUAAUGGGCUUCCAGUCACCAAUUCGUACCCAAUACCCUUAUUCCUGUUUUGCUGCCUGCACUUGGCUUCGCCCCGCCUAGCCCCAAUCCAGGAAAGACAUGGGGGGCCACAGGGCCAGCUCCUGUGACUCUGCCCACAGCUUAGACAGCUGCCUCUGCCCUUAACAAAGCCAGCUUUAGUUCCACAGGUGUACUGAGCCUACAACGUUCGGAUCCAGUGGACAGCAGCCACCCUUGAGCUCAGUUCCCUGAAGCCUUAGGACAGAUGUGGGGAACCGAGGGCCACCUUCCUAGGGCCAGUUGCCAGGGGCCAGAAGCAAAAACCGGUGGAGCAAUGAAUGUGAAUUUGACCGUUGCACACUGGGCUGCGGGCUUUGCACACACACUCUUCAUCUUCCACCAAGGAAAGGAAGACGCAUUUAUCAGAGUUCAGGGAUGCGUUCCGGCCAGGCAAAAACAGAGCCAAUGGCCUGAGGAGAGGGAGUGAGGCUGGGGAGGGCGUCCCAAGGGCUAGAGAGAGAGAGGCCGAGGGGGGGGGGCUGCCUUUGUGGCCUUGGCCUGAGGUUCCCCAUCACUGUCUUAGAGAGAGCCCGCGGCCAACUUCCUUGCGAUUUUAAGUUGAAUCUUAAACUGUUGUAAAAUGCUAUCGUUACCCAAAACAGCACAGAGGAGAGUGGGCAAGGACAGGAAUCCUCCACUUUAAUCAACGGUCAGGUUUCGGAAAGGCAACGCUUAGGAAACCAUCCCCCCUACCCCAUGACUACCUCCGGAAUAUUAAGCAGUGGGCUUCAGUGCCACAAACAGAUC